AUGGACAUGGUUAUGGCUUUUGCUCAGGAGGACUGCACGGAAUCGAAUCCUCACCUACAAACUCUGGCUGGGACCCUGGGGACAGACACGGAGGAGCGGCUGGUGGAACACCUCCUGGACCCGUCACGCUACAAUAAGCUCAUCCGGCCGGCCACCAAUGGCUCCGAGUUGGUCACCGUGCAGCUGAUGGUGUCCCUGGCUCAGCUCAUCAGCGUGCACGAAAGGGAGCAGAUCAUGACGACCAACGUGUGGCUGACGCAGGAAUGGGAGGAUUACCGCCUCACGUGGAACCCCGAGGACUUUGACGACAUGAAGAAAGUGCGGCUACCCUCCAAGCACAUCUGGCUUCCAGAUGUUGUGCUCUACAACAAUGCCGAUGGAAUGUACGAAGUGUCGUUCUAUUCCAACGCGGUGGUAUCCUACGACGGCAGCAUCUUCUGGCUCCCGCCCGCCAUCUACAAGAGCGCCUGCAAAAUCGAGGUGAAACACUUCCCCUUCGACCAGCAGAACUGCACCAUGAAGUUUCGCUCGUGGACUUACGACCGCACGGAGAUCGACCUGGUGCUGAAGAGCGAGGUGGCCAGCUUGGACGAUUUCACACCCAGCGGCGAGUGGGACAUCAUUGCCCUGCCGGGGCGGCGCAACGAGAACCCCAACGACUCUACCUACGUGGACAUCACGUAUGACUUCAUCAUCCGGCGCAAGCCCCUCUUCUACACCAUCAACCUGAUCAUCCCAUGCAUCCUCAUCACCUCUUUAGCCAUCCUCGUCUUUUACUUGCCCUCGGAUUGUGGCGAGAAGAUGACCCUCUGCAUCUCGGUCCUGCUCGCCCUCACCGUUUUCCUGCUCCUUAUCUCCAAAAUUGUGCCCCCUACCUCGCUGGAUGUGCCCCUGGUGGGCAAAUACUUGAUGUUCACCAUGGUCUUGGUGACCUUCUCCAUCGUCACCAGCGUCUGCGUGCUGAACGUGCACCACCGCUCGCCGACCACCCACACCAUGCCGCCGUGGGUCAAAGUGGUUUUCCUGGAAAAACUGCCCAUGCUCCUCUUCAUGAAGCAGCCGCGGCAGAACUGCGCCCGCCAGCGGUUGCGUCAGAGGCGUCAGAACCAGGAACGUACCACCAGCAGCUUCUUCCGGCGAGAUGGGGCUCAUUCCUGCAUGCGUUACGUCAACCCUGCCACCGUUACUAAGUUGGGGACGGGAAACAAUGGUAAUGGUGGCGGCAGUGGUGGCGCCAGCAGACCUUUCACGGAAACAUCCGAUGGGGCCAACGGUUACCGAGACAGGCCGGGUCAAGCGGCGCCACCCGGCCACUGCUGUUGCAGCCUGGAGGAAGCUGUGGAUGGAGUCCGUUUCAUUGCAGACCACAUGAAAAGCGAGGACGACGACCAGAGUGUGAGCGAGGACUGGAAGUACGUGGCCAUGGUGAUCGACCGCCUCUUCCUGUGGAUCUUCAUCUUCGUCUGCGUCUUCGGCACCGUCGGCAUGUUCCUGCAAAACUACGCCUCCAACUCUCUGCUGCAGCUGAACCACGGCGUGCCCGGCUCCAAAUAG